AUGGAGGACUCUCUCCAUGAUCUCUAUCAGCGUCUCGCUUUAACUGAGACGAAAAAUAUAGAGGUGGUUUUGGAACCAGGGAAAUUAGCAGAUGCUCUUCUAAGCGGAGGUAAGUGUCUGAUAAUGAAGUUAUUCACUGCGAAGCAUUAUAAUAAAGAGGUGUUCAAGAGUACGUUGCGGAAAGCUUGGCCUUUGGGGUUAGGGGUGAAGUUCAGAGAUCUGGAUUCCACUCUCAUUCUAGCCAAAUUUGAGAACAUAAAGGACAAGGAGAGGGUUCUCCGAGAGGGUCCUUGGUUGUUUGUUAAACAUUUAGUUUUAAUGUCUGAAGUUGAUGGUUGGAGUCAAGUUCACCAGAUUCAGAUGAAGAUGGCUUCCUUUUGGGUACGGAUUCAUGACUUACCUCUUAUGGCUCGUACUGAUUAUGUUGGUCGUUUAUUGGGUGUGAAACUUGGUUCUGUUGAGGAAGUGGAUGUGGAGGCAGGGGAGAUGGAAUGGGGGGAGUAUUUACGAGUAUGA